AUGCAAGGCCUUCGCGGUGAGCUACAUAUCGAUGACAAAAUGUUUAAGGAAAUGUUCCUAGAGCGUCUGCCAGUCGAUGUGCAAACCAUUCUGGCAUCUGCCUCAGAGGAUCUUUCGGUCUCACGGCUAGCCAAGAUGGCGGAGAGGAUUUUGGAGGUGCAGCGGUUCCAACCACCCUCUGUCACCCAGCUCUCAAUUUCUUCGUUACCGAAGCCAAGUGAGCAGAUUGCGACGCAGACUGAUGCCAUGGCAGAAGAGAUGGCAGCUCUCAAAGUACAGCUCGUCCACCUUUCUUCCACUCGCUCACCCGGUGGGCAUCGUUCUCGUUCGCGACCUUGA